GGUGCGCGCCCGCCUGCCCGGCCGCGGGAGCGCGCCCGCCGCCCGCCCUCCCCGCAGCCAGGCGCCGCUCGGGCCGGCGGGCGGAGAGGGGCCCGCGGGGUCCGCGCAGGGAGAAGAGAGAGAGAAGGAGAAGGAGAGGGGAGAGGGGGGUGGGGGGGUGCGCGGUGUGUGGGGGGGUGGGCAUGGAGAGCCUGCUGGAGAACCCGGUGCGCGCCGUGCUGUACCUGAAGGAGCUGACCGCCAUCGUGCAGAACCAGCAGAGCCUCAUCCACACCCAGCGGCAGCGCAUCGACGAGCUGGAGCGGCGGCUGGACGAGCUCAGCACCGAGAACCGCAGCCUGCGCGGGCAGCGGCCGCCCCACAGCGAGCCCCCUGCCGCCACCGGGGCCGGGGGCCCCCCGGGACCGCCGCCCGAGCACCCCCCGGGGCCGCCGCCGCCUUCGCCGCCUUCCCCUCCGCCGCCUCCGCCGGGCCAGCCCGAGCCCCCCCAGCCCCAGCAGCACCCCCAGCCCCAGCCCCAGCAGCAGGCGGCGGGGGGCGGCCCCGGGGGCGGCCGGGCGGGCGGGCAGCAGCCCCCCGCCGAGAAGGAGGGCAGGGAGAAGGGGUGCUGCAGCGCCCUGCUCCACCACAAGACCCCGCCGCCCAUCGGCAAGGGCAUCCUCGGCCGGAGACCGGAGAAUGAAACUGUUUUACACCAGUUCUGUUGCCCAGCAGCUGACGCAGAGCAGAAGCCUUCAUCUCCAGACUCCUCUCCAAGUGACGAUCCCAGCGGUUCCACAAGCAAGAAAGCCGGGUGUGAAACGGAGGAUCCGAAGGAGGCCGGCAGACAGAGUGGCCAGGAAGGCAGGUCCGACACCUUGACGCUAAAAGCCCAGCAUGCGGAGCUCCAAGAAGAGCAGGCAGCGGGGUGUUCCCCUCUGGUGCAGAAGGCGAGCCUCCACCACACGGGCUCCCCAGUGAGAGUGCAGCGCAGCAAAGGGACGGCCUCGUGUUCCCAUGCAGCUGCCUCCGAUUAUGAGCUCUCCCUUGACCUAAAGAAUAAACAGAUCGAAAUGCUAGAGCACAAAUACGGAGGUCACCUGGUGUCUCGCAGGGCAGCCUGCACCAUCCAAACUGCUUUCCGGCAAUACCAGCUCAGCAAGAACUUUGAGAAGAUCCGCAACUCACUGCUGGAGAGCCGCAUGCCACGCCGCAUAUCCCUGAGGAAAGUCCGGGUCCAGAACUCCGAGAGCUUCUCUGCUGAGAAAGCCCUAGUAGAAGGGUACAACUUCGUGGGCAUCCCAUUGGUGAGGUCCCCAUCUUUGCCAGCCACAAUCAGCGGGGCACUGACUGAGCUGGAGGACUCCUUCACGGAACAAGUUCAGUCCCUGGCCAAGUCUAUUGAUGAUGCCCUUAGCACUUGGAGCUUGAAGACCAUGUGCUCGCUACAAGAUGGAGGCUCAUACCAGAUAAGAGAGACCUUCAGUGCCAGCUCAAUGCAGCCAAACCAAGACUUAGAAGCUGAGCUGCAAGACAAGGAGAAAGAGGAAGGGCUCCUGCCAGAUACCCUGCCUAAGAGCAGCAGCACUCUCAUGAUGGCUUUUCGAGAUGUCACGGUCCAGAUUGACAACAAGAAUAUCUCUGUCUCAUCGUCUACCUCGGUGUCCAUGGCAAACUGCCUCAGCAGCAAUGCCCAGGCUGGGAUCUCUCAAGCCACCAAGGCUGAAGAAAGCCCAGGAGAAGGGGAGGGAGAAACCAGUGAAUCACAGGCUGCCCCAGAGAGCUUACCUGAGUCCAGAACUCUCCAGAACAGCCACACUUUCACCGAGGUGAAUGUCAACACUAAUGGCACGGGAGACAGCAGUGCAGAGCCUGGGCAGAUGGCAGUGCAGAAGCUCCAGCUCGAUGCUAACAACGAGACAGGGCAAAGCAAAGGCUCCGAGUCUGAGAAUGCCGACAACUCAGAGCAGCUGAGCAGCAGUAGCACCUCCACUUCAGCAAAAUCAGCUUCUGAGGUGUCCUCAAAAGAAGCACUGCAAGCCAUGAUCCUCAGCCUCCCACGGUACCAUUGUGAGAACCCAGCUAGCUGCAAGUCCCCCACGCUUUCCACAGACACCAUGAGGAAGCGCCUCUACCGCAUUGGGCUGAAUCUCUUCAAUAUAAACCCAGACAAAGGGAUCCAGUUCCUGAUCUCCCGAGGCUUCAUCCCGGAUACCCCCAUAGGAGUGGCACACUUCCUGCUCCAGAGGAAGGGCCUCAGCCGCCAGAUGAUUGGGGAGUUCCUGGGCAACAGCAAGAAACAAUUCAACAGAGAUGUCCUGGACUGCGUGGUGGAUGAGAUGGACUUCUCAGGCAUGGAGCUGGAUGAGGCACUGCGGAAAUUCCAGGCCCACAUCCGCGUGCAGGGGGAGGCACAGAAGGUUGAGCGGCUAAUUGAAGCUUUCAGCCAGAGGUACUGCAUGUGUAACCCAGAUGUGGUCCAGCAGUUUCACAACCCAGAUACCAUCUUCAUCUUGGCCUUUGCAAUCAUCCUCCUCAAUACGGACAUGUACAGCCCCAACAUCAAGCCUGACAGGAAGAUGAUGCUGGAGGACUUCAUUCGCAAUCUGAGAGGAGUGGACGAUGGUGCUGACAUCCCACGGGAACUGGUGGUGGGGAUAUAUGAGAGGAUCCAGCAGAAAGAGCUAAAAUCCAAUGAGGACCAUGUGACUUACGUUACCAAAGUGGAGAAAUCCAUAGUUGGAAUGAAAACAGUCCUGUCCGUGCCCCAUCGCCGGCUGGUCUGCUGCAGCCGUUUGUAUGAAGUUACCGACGUGAACAAAGUGCAGAAGCAGGCAGCUCACCAGAGGGAAGUUUUUCUCUUCAAUGACCUGCUGGUGAUCCUCAAGCUUUGCCCCAAGAAGAAAAGCUCCUCAACCUACACGUUUUGCAAGUCUGUUGGCCUGCUGGGGAUGCAGUUCCAUCUCUUUGAGAAUGAAUAUUACCCCCAUGGCAUCACACUGGUGACUCCAGUUUCGGGCUCAGAGAAGAAACAGGUACUGCACUUCUGUGCUCUGGGUGCUGAGGAAAUGCAGAAAUUUGUGGAAGAUCUGAAAGAGUCAAUAGCAGAAGUGACAGAGCUGGAGCAGAUACGAAUUGAAUGGGAGCUGGAGAAACAGCAAGGGGCAAAAACUCUCUCGUUAAGGACCAACGGAGCCCAGAUGGAACCACAGUCAAAGCAAAGCUCACCUACAGGCAAGAAGGAUUUGGGGGAGAAGGUCUCGGACAGCACAGUGGAGGUGUCAAUUCACAACAGGCUUCAAACGUACCAGCACAACUCCGCCCUGGGGCCCGAGAGUGGAAUGCAGCCCAGCAUGCGUCUUAACAUGCCACGGGAGCGGCUGGAGACAGCACUGGUGCCCUCGCACCCCGCCUCGGCGGGGACACUUGUACAGUGCCAGCAGAUUGUCAAAGUCAUUGUCUUGGACAAGCCGUGCCUCGCUCGGAUGGAGCCGGCCCUCAACCAGACUCUGACACGCUACGUCACCUCCGACUCCUGCACCUCCACCCCCUGGCGCGGUGUGGGCAGCGGGCUCCCCGGGACCCCCAUGAAGCUGGUCCAUCAGCCUCCCCUGCCACCUCCACCUCCUCCCUACAACCACCCCCACCAGUAUUGCCCCCCCAGCUCCCUGCUUCAGAGGCGCAGGUACUCCAGUGGCUCGCGCAGCCUCGUGUAGCCACACCACCAGCACCAGAACAGCACAGACUUCCCCGCUUCCCUGCCCCACCGCCUCCCUGGGACCCUUUCUGCCUACAGAGAUCUAGUUUGUGAUUUAUUUUUUAGUAAAAGAAAUAGAAAAGAAAAAAAAAAAGCCGACUGACCUAACUCUUACCCCAUCUCCCCUCAAGGUGAUGCUAAUUGUGAGGAGCCAUCUGUAGGGACUGCCAACCCACAUGCUCACACAUCCUCACAUCCUGCCAGCCCCGCUGGCCUCCCGUGCUCACACCGUCCCCAUGUAGCACUUUGUUGCCCUGUUCCUGAGAGGCUUGAUGACCUGCUGCUUUCUAGGCACUGUGUCUUCCGUUUGCUACUCCUCAACCUCCUCCCUUGCCUUGCAUUUGCCCGGCCAUAGGUUUGUACCCCUCCAAAACUUCGCCAGCCUCGGAGAGAAACAGACUCACCCGUGCCAAGGACCGACCUUGGGGCACUCCUGGGGGUGGAGUUCCCCCUGCCUCCACUGCUGCUGCCUGCUAAGCUGGAGCUGAGAACUUGUACCACUUGCCACGCAUCCCCUCCAUCGCUCUUCAGAUAUUAUCUCCUUGCAGCAGCCGGUUCCACGCGAGGGAGCGCACGAGUGACAGAGAGCUCGAGAGGAGGAGAGACUGUCCUAAGCUGCAGUACGAGACAAAGAUCGCCUCACUCUGAACACGAAAACUGUUUCUGUUAUAUUGGAGCAUUGUACCAGAGACCUCUGCUGAGACCUAGCAGACCUCGUCACGUGUAAAUACACCUGUAUGGUAGAGUAUGUACGGCGCAUGCUUACUAAAGGAAACACCAAGCAGUUCUGAGGGAGCAGAAAUGAGAGAUUGAGCCCGGGGAUCUUCCUGGGAUGGUUGAGCACUUUUCCAAAGAGAUGGCACCAAGAGGUGCCCUCCCACCUCAGUGUACACACACACAAAGAUUGUCUUCUCUAGCAUGAAACAGACGCACCUCUGCUUUUCUCCUUCUAGCUGGCUUUGUGUUUCCUUCCCACCUGCUUUUUUAUAUUCUGAAAGCAAAGCUAAGUGUUGCAUUCACCUCCUGGGGUGGAUGAGCCCUUCUCUUGGCCUCUUCCUUCCGUGCUAGAGGGAAGGGGCCUUUUGGAGACCACCAAUGUAAGCUCCCAUCUGUAUCUCCCACCUGGCUAUGCUUUUUCCUCCAUCAGCCCUUCCCCUAGGAAAGCUGCUCGCCAAGGCCUUUUCUCCUCUCUUCCUCCCUAUCUCAGCUUCAAAGUGAGGGGAGGGUAAGAUUUUGAGAUAGAGAUGACAGCUCAGCUCCUCUUCUUUAUUGGGGACAUUGAUGUGAAGGCAGACAGCAUUAAAAAUGAGCUAUGGCUGUAUUUUUAGAAGAAAAGAAGUAUUUUUGAGCAGUAGGGAAGGGAAGGUAUUAAUUAGCUUAAAGGCUUUGGUAUCGCUCACUCGCUGUAUCUCCCUUCGAUGCUUAAGAAGAUCAACUUUAGGGUUUUAAAAUAGGACAGAACGCCUUUUAGGGCCUUCAUUUUUAUUUUAAGAGGGAAAGAAAGAAAUGCUCUUCCUUCCUGUGCGAGGCUGAGGCAUGAGCACCGGGUGCUGAUGACACAGCCAUCGGGUGAGGAGAGGUAAGGGUUGUGUUGUUGGCAGUGGUGUGGAUGUGAAAAAUGUGACGGAAAGGGGGUCAGCGAAGACAGAUGCAAGAAAUAUAUAUUUUUUUUACUUUGUGUGGAAAAAGCCACACAGCAGCAUUGCUCCAGGAUGCUCACCUCUGGGGCUGUUGUCAGUGACAAAAAACACAGUGCAUCAGGGUCUGGACCCCUCAGUGCUCUUUGGAUGUCCACUGGCUCUGCUGAAGCACUCAGAUGAAGGAGUUCAUUUAUUUGACCUGGGUGUAUGCCCAGAUGGGGUCAGGGAAGCGGGCAGGGGCUGAGGUGAAGGCUCCCCUGUGCUUGGCCAGGCCUCCAGGACAGGAGCCUGCUGAUCUCCGGGUCUGCUGGUUUCUGAGCCUGACCCUCACCCCCAGCUGUGCCAACAGGACUGUCAGAGUUGUUUGCUUUGCUGUCUGGGGCCAGAUAACAGGCUGCUGCUUCUGCAUGCAGUAGCAGAGGUACUGACCACAAACCCAAAGGCAUAGCCUCAGGGAGGCCUGUGGAAGCAGAAGACAGAAAAAAUCAUAUCAAAACCCUGAGUAGAAGCCCAGUCUCCCUCCAGACCAGAGAAGCUUUCUCCUCCCCAGUCCCCAGGGGCGAUGAGGACGCCCCAUGUUCCAGAACCAGCCCCAGGAGAGGUCCUCGCCCGCUCCACAGGCCCGUGGCCCCAGCUAGGGCUCAGCCCCUCACCCUGCAGCGAGCCCUGAGACGUGGCUGGCCUGAUCUGCUGCUAGGUCCAUCCGAGGUGGCACCACGCCAUGGCACAGCAGGCUGCGGCCUCAUCUCACCUGCCUGCAGCUCCCUGGGAAACCCUACGUGUGGCACCUGCCCCUCUCUGGUCCCUGUGGUGUGUGGCUCCACGUUGUGCUCCCUGCUGAGGUAAAAGGAGGUAUCUGAGAGGCACCAGCACUGCCCUUCCUCCUCAGCAGUCGCUGCCUUGCCUGAGAGCAGUGGCAGCACUUGCUCGUUUAUCUUCCCCCAGAGUGCAGGGAGCCGCAGAGGGGCCGUGUGCGUGUGUGUGUUAAAAUAAAUAAGUUAGGCUUUACUUGACAUUUAACACGAAGUGACAAUAACAAAAACUUUAAGGUACUUGAUGAAAUAAUUUUGGGGGAUGAAAUAUUUAUAGCAAUGUCUGUGAAGUUCCUACCAGAGAGGUUUGCUGCUUUAAUAAUUGAUUGGGAAAGCAAAGAAGAAUGUAAAAAAAGAAGCAAGGAACCUUCUGUGAGACUCCAUAACGCUGGGUGAAGGAUAGAAGUGAAUUACCUGAAGUGCCAAAAUACCUGAGGCACAACAAUCUCUCAGGGCACGUUGGCUCCCAUCCCCUGACCUUGCAAAGGCUAAUGCUGGCCUCCAGCUUUGUACAGAGAAGCAAACAUAGAAAACCCUUGCCAUCUUCUAGCCUGCUGGAUGCAGCAUCUUCCAUUGGGGUUGGCCGGAGAGAUACCAAACCGCUUUAUUCCAGGGUCUAUCAAACAGGUUGCUCUAAAUUCUGCUGUGUAGCUGAGCCCUUCGGACUUCACUUCAAAAUGUAGAUUUUUUUUUUUUCUUUGAAGGUUGGUCUAGAAGGAUGACAAGCACUUUAAAGCACGUCUACAUCUCAUCUGAUCUAUUGUGUUGUCUGCUCCCACAACCCUCCCACAUGCAAGCGAAGACACAGGCUCGGUGUAGCUGUAGUACUGUGAGUAGACACCCGUGCACACAACCUAAUCGUUGGCAGGGAGCAGGCCAGAAAGAUCGUGUCAGUGACGGUCAGAUGAAGGACUAAAUGUACACCACAGCUCUCCUGGAGGGAGCAGACCACAGAAAAAUCACCAGCUUUUGACAGCAGUGAUUCCAAUCGUGAACCUAGCACAAUCCUUCAGGCGGUGGGAUCGGGCAGGAAGAGCGGUGGCAGAGAUCAGAUCAACUCUAAAGAACCUGUGGCUGCUGGCUGCAGAAUUCCUAGCCUUCUGUAUUGAGAAAAGGAGGGGAGGUGGAAAGAGAAACCCAAUAAAGAGCGUUCUGCAGUAAGUUUCUGGUGCUCAGUGGCCAAAGAGGAAGGUGUCUCUGCUGGAAGAUGGAGGAAGCGAGGCGUUACUGCAGUCUGCAGAGCUGUGGUACACAGACCUUCAGGCUCUGCCCAGGUUGCUGGUGCAGGUCUAGUGAAAUUGGUUAGUUUAUACCACUUAGAAAGGGAUGAAAAAGGUUGACAGAGGGAUUGCGCUUAGCGCAAACAAGCUGGGCUUACUGCAGUGUUUGUCCACUUCUGUAGUACUUCUAAUGCUGAAGACUGGGCUACUCUAGUAGCAACUGUUAGUGCUUUCUGCAAGGCCUUCAAAGUGCUGUUUGUGUGUCUCACCUCCUUGUAGACGAAAGUUGUGGGUGUGGUCCACAACUAGAGUUUUGUCAAUACUCAGUCUUCUUCACAAAAAAAAAAAAGCACCACCAGUUUUGCAAGCAUUUGAGGGCCCCUGACCUGCAAGAGUUUGAGGUUUUUUUUUUCUGUAUGUUUUUCAGAAGGCUUAACUUGCAACUAUUUGUGAGGUUUCCGAAACUAAUCUGAGCCCUAAAUCAAGAAAUCUGCUGCUUGGGAGAGUCUCUGCUUUGAAAUGAGAGUUGCUGAGCAAGCUCCCCCAUCUCCCGCUCCACCAGCCGCCUCACUGUGCUAUUGUAGGCUCCAGGGACUGCCGGCAGUGUUUCGUGAGCUAGAGCUGUCCUUGUCCUGCUUGCUCUUUCACAGCCAUGCCUGGGACAGCAGCUUUGAAGUCACCCAGCUCUUCAGCACUAGUCACAAUCCCAUCUGAAUGUGUCUUUUUAAAAAAAAAAAAAACAAAGUUAACAACAGAAGUGUUACCUGUGUGUAGGCUGUUGAAAGCACCUGUCUGUCUGUACCUGUUUUCUGCUGUAAAUAUCACCAAGAAAAGCUUCCUUCGGGGAAAAGUGGUGUGGUCACACCUAGCUAAGAGUCCAAAUGGCAAAUAUUUUGUAACAAAACAACGAAAAUAGAUCAGAAGUAUUUUAUCUGUUCAAUUAAUAGAGUUUUAGAAAUUAUAUUGAGAUAUGUCA